AGAGGCUGCAUCGGUUAAAACCCUGUGAAAUAGGUCUGUGUAUUUCCGGGUGGCACGAGGCUGCUCCCGUACCUCCCAGCUAGCAUCAGUUGGUUCAGCUUCCCUACUCCAUCCAGCCACAACAACAGCCACCGGAGGCCGGGACACAAACAGAACCAGCCAGUUAUUGACCGACAGAUCUAUAAUUGAUGUCUUAUAGCUGAAAGCCAAAGGAGGAGGGGGGGGGGGGGCAGCGGGCGGGAGUUAUGGCGGCGUCGCUUCUCUCCGAGACCGACAUCAGGCACCGGUCCAUGGCGGAGGAAGAUCCGAACGGGAAUGAGCACGGGGCGGCUGCACGCAGCCAGGCGCCUCGAUGGGGACCGCAGCACGCCGGGGCCCGACAGCUAGCAAGGCUCUACUCUCCCGGUAAGCGGCUCCAGGAGUGGAUGUGUGUGAUUCUGUGUCUCUUCCUUUUCAUCAUCAACUUCUCCUUCCUCCUCCUGCACUUCUCCACCGUUCACAUCUACAAGAUCAUCCUUGGCAUCGUCCUAGGAAUAGUGACGGCAGACUUUGCAUCGGGGAUGGUACACUGGGGGGCAGAUACCUGGGGAUCUGUGGACAUCCCUGUUAUUGGCAAGGCAUUCAUUCGUCCAUUCAGGGAGCACCACAUCGAUCCAACCGCCAUCACUCGCCACGACUUCAUUGAAACCAAUGGUGACAACUGUAUGAUCCCCAUCCUACCACUGGCUCACAUGGCCUACAAGUUCCUCACAUACACACCAGAGGCCUUGGCGGGGUCCUAUCCCUGGGACUGCUACAUCUUCGCCCUGGCGGUUUUCGUGACACUGACCAAUCAGAUUCACAAGUGGAGCCACUCCUACUUUGGCCUCCCGCGCUGGGUCACGCUGCUCCAGGACUGGCAUGUGGUGUUGCCACGGAAACACCAUCGCAUCCACCAUGUCUCACCACAUGAGACAUACUACUGCAUUACUACAGGUUGGUGUAACUAUCCGCUGGACCAGCUGGGCUUUUGGAGAAGGAUGGAGCAAUUGGUCCAACGACUUACAGGGCAGAAGCCGCGAUCAGAUGACCUGGCGUGGGCCAAGAAGACCGACAGAUAAACACACAAAUACACGGAUGGAUGGAUGGACAGAUGGGCCUGCAGAUGCAAACAGAGAGAUAGAGAUGGAUGGGGGGAAAACACACACACACACACACACACACACACACAUUUUACGCAUGUAUCUGUGCUUCUUGCUAUUUUGCUAAAGAGCAAACAUUCAAAGAAACUGUGUUUGCAAAAACAAAUCAAAGAUGGUUCGAUUGAUUUCUGUAUGUGCUGGAGACUGUAGUUUAACAAGCUUUGAACGUAGGGAGUGAAAACAUUACUAGAUGAUAACACUCUGCUGUAACAGCCAGUCAGCUUGUAGUCCUGUUUAUCCAAUGAGGUGUUGUGGUGUGUAGGUGAGGUUUCUGGAGGUUGGGCUCUCCAGGAGUGACACCAAGCUGCCUGUUGCAGGCAGCUUCUUACACCACACACACAUAAACACACAUACACAAGUGCACACAAUCUCAAACAUGUUUGAAAGUCAAAUGUUCAGUAUCUGUCUCUACUGAUUUUUAUCUUGUCUGUUAUAUUUUAAGUAUUGGGGUCGUUUUGAACUUUUCAAAGCCACCAACUAGAAACAUCACCACCCUCAUGGCUGUUUUUACACACAAGAAGGUGAAAAUCUGAUGACUGUGUGCUUUAGAUUAAAAAUGUAGACAGUUAUAACUCCUCUCUUUUGUGCAUGUGCUUGAGGUAAGAUGAUCUCCACAGUCAAAGCUACAAAGUUGCAGAUGCAUACUUACACACUCUAAAGUCUUUUGAAGUCCAUACAUACGAGUAAAACCAUUUAAAGCCAUGUUCUCCAGUUUUGGUUAGUUGUUAACCAGUUGUAAUAACACUUUCUGUUCAUCCUACGUGUGCUUUGACAAAAUGUAGAACUUUUCUUGCGCAGACAUUUCUCAUUGAUCUUUUUGUACAGAAAGACACUCAGAGCAGUCCAGUUUUUUUGUAGCUUUAGGAAUACACCUAUAUAUGUACAAAAGCUUCUAAAUGAACGUAUUUACUGCACAAAACUAAUCAGUAAAAUUUUUGAUUUAUCUGUAAGCCAUUUUAAGGACUUUUAAUUAGAAGCUAUAUAUUCACUUGAAUCCAGAUGAGUUUAGAACUUAGCACAAGUGAUAAGUUAGUUGUAAAGAAGCAUUUAAUCUUUUUGCGCUUUCAUGCAAAUUAAAGAGGCAGCCAGACUUAUUCGUUGUCUCUCCGUAUAUUGCAUUUUUAGUGAGAAGGAGUCCAUUAAAAAUCAAAGACACAGCUGAACUUGUAACUGGUGGUUUAGCAAGUUGAAGUAGGUGUAAAACAGGUGGCAAAUAUGAAGAUCUUGAAUGAGUUUUUACUUACAGGAAUACUUCCUCAACAACCAUUUUAUACCACAGAUGAACAUUUGCAGUCGUUCAUAAACAGUUGCAGUCAUUCAAACCAUUUUAGAAAUCUUGAUACAUUGCUGCGUUCACGUCCCAAAUCCUCUCGUAGAAAAGACAAAGAAAUCCUGUCAGCAGUUCUGCAAGAUGCUAAUUGGUGCCGCUGUCUACCCCACUGUGCUGCUUAUGUGACUGCAACUGUAUACUAAUCGACAAGAAAUAUGUCACAAACCUCUAAACCUAAAUCGGAGAGAUUGAUUGAAGGAAUGCACGGCAACAUUUUUACAUCAGUUUGUGUCAGCUGAUGUGAAAGAAAGGAAAAAGGGAAAAAACACAAUUUUUAUUGCACUAGAGAGAAAAAUGAAUGAAAAUGUGUCCUGUAAGCAAUUGUUCACUCAUGAUUACACACAUACAGAUUAAAUCACACAUCUACCUUGCAUGCAUGCACACAAACACGUAACAAAUCUCUUGAAUGCAGUCAUACUGUACAAAGAAAAGAAACAGACAAACGCACACAUGCUCUUUCUCACAUUGUGUUCUGUUGUUUUCUCUGGCUUUAUAAUUUUCUAUUUUUUUAUUAACGGAUCAAGCCUUGUAGAGUUAAAUUCUGACGUUCCAUUUUGCAGCUCAACGCUCGCUGCUCGUCUUGCCUUAAUGUUUUUAUCUGCUCUUUGAUUUAAAUAAAGGUUUAUUAAAUCCA